AUGUCCGCUCCAGCUCCUACCCCCUCCACCAACAUCACCACCAGCCAAGAUGCCUCGGGACGACAGCCCUCCGCCAUGCCCUCCUCCUCCGCCGAACUCGCCAGUGCAAAGAUAAGCCUGCAGAAGGUGUUGCGCAGCUUCCCCGACUUCCCCAUCCCGGGCAUCAACUUUGUCGAUAUCAUGCCCCUCUUCGCCAACCCGGCCGCCCACGCUACCCUCAUCGACGCCCUCGUGCUGCAAAGCGCUGAGGCCUUCCCGGUCAAGCCCGAUGUCAUCGUUGGCCUGGAUGCCCGCGGAUUCCUGUUCGGCCCCGGCCUCGCCCUUCGUCUGGGCGUUCCCUUCGCCGCCGUGCGCAAGCAGGGCAAGCUCCCCGGCCCUUGCGCCACGGCCGAGUACGUCAAGGAGUAUGGCAAGGAUUUCUUCCAGAUGCAGAUGGAUGCCGUCACUGAGGGCCAGAAAGUCCUUAUCGUCGACGACAUCAUUGCCACUGGUGGUUCUGCCAAGGCCGCUGCCGACCUUGUCCACCAGCUCAAGGGCGAGGUUGUUGGCUACAUGUUCAUCCUCGAGAUUCCGGGUCUGGACGGACGCGAGAAGCUCGGCGACGUCCCUGCGACCAUACUCCUAGAAGACGCCUAG